AUGUUAGGGGCACCAGUAACACCAGCAUCAAAGAUGAUACAGAGAACGCCAUCAACAACUCCAGGCGGCGGACCUAGGGUUCGCGAAGAGAAGAUUCUAGUUACCGUUAGGGUUCGGCCGUUAAGCAGGAGAGAACAAGCAUUGUAUGAUUUAAUUGCUUGGGAUUGUCCCGAUGAUCACACUAUUCUUUUCAAGAAUCCCAAUCAUGAGCGACCUGCUACUUCUUAUACAUUUGAUAAGGUUUUUGAUCCAAGUUGCACCACGCUAAAGGUUUAUGAGGAGGGAGCUAAGAAUGUUGCUUUGUCUACUCUUACCGGAAUCAAUGCGACAAUUUUUGCUUAUGGGCAAACUAGUAGUGGGAAGACAUAUACAAUGAGAGGAAUAACGGAGAAUGCUGUUACGGACAUCUUUGAGCACAUAAAAAACACUGAGGAGAGGGCGUUUGUUCUAAAAAUGUCUGCAUUAGAGAUUUACAAUGAGAAUGUUAUGGACCUUUUGAAUCGUGAAUCUGGUCAUCUUAGGCUUUUGGAUGAUCCUGAGAGAGGAAUCAUUGUGGAAAAGCUAGUUGAAGAAGUUGUCAAGGACAUUCAUCAUUUGAGACACUUGAUUGGAAUUUGUGAAGCUCAAAGGCAAGUAGGAGAAACUUACCUGAAUGAUAAGAGCUCAAGAUCACAUCAAAUCAUACGGCUGACUGUUGAAAGCAGUCUCAGGGAAAAAUCAGGGUGUGUGAAGUCCUUUCUAGCUAGUUUGAAUCUCGUGGAUCUUGCUGGUAGUGAGCGUGCCUCACAAACAAAUGCAGAUGGUGCAAGAUUCAAGGAAGGUAGUCAUAUUAACCGCAGCUUGUUGACACUCACAACAGUGAUCAGAAAGCUAAGUGGUGGAAAGAGGAGUGGUCACAUACCAUACAGGGACUCAAAGCUCACGCGGAUAUUGCAGCAUUCACUUGGGGGUAAUGCUAGAACAGCAAUUAUAUGCACCAUGAGUCCAGCUUUAAGUCAUGUGGAACAAACAAGGAAUACACUCUCAUUUGCAACUAGUGCAAAGGAAGUUACCAACAAUGCCCAAAUAAAUAUGGUUGUUUCAGACAAGAAAUUAGUUAAGCAUUUGCAGAAGGAAGUUGAAAGACUUGAAGCAGAGCUGCGAAGUCCAGAGCCUUCUUCUGCUUCAUAUUUGAAGUCUUUACUAGUAGAAAAGAAUUUGAAAAUUGAGCAGAUGGAGAGAGAAAUGAAAGAGCUGAAGCGGCAGAGAGAUCAUGCACAAUCCCAACUUGAGCAAGAAAGAAUUGCACGCAAAGAGCAAAAGGGUACAAAUCAACAUGGACCCUCUGGUCAAGUAGCCAGGUGUCUUUCAUUUCCCGUUGAGAGUGGACAGGUUAUUGGUGGUAAGCCUAAUCCAAAAGCACAACCGAAAAAUGCAGUUGGAAGGCAGGCAAUGGUUCGGCAUUCAGUCACUACUACAGAUCCUUCCAUGCUAAUUCAGGAAAUUCGUAAACUUGAGCAGCGACAGAUGCAGCUGGGUGAGGAAGCGAAUCGAGCACUUGAAGUACUUCAUAAGGAGGUUGCUUCCCACAAACUAGGUAAUCAAGCAAAUGCUGAAACCAUAGCAAAGCUGCUGUCUGAUAUCAAGGACAUGCAACUAGUUUCUUCUGUUGCGGAAGAAAUUGUAAUCGGAGAGAAGGCCAAUCCUGCCAGCCUAAAAGAAGAGAUCACUCGGUUGAACUGUCAUGAAAGUACCAUUGCGUCUCUAGAAAGGAAGCUUGAUAAUGUUCAGAAAUCCAUUGACAUGCUGGUUUCGUCUUUUCCAAGUACUGAGGAGACUCCAGACUCCAAGGUACAAACAAAGAAGAAGAAGAUCUUUCCUUUUGCAUUGAACAACAGUUCAAAUGUGCAAAACAUAAUAAGGUCCCCAUGCUCACCUCUGUCCUCUUCUGGUGGGGUAGUAGUGGAUAAUGAGAUUGAGAACAGAGUCCCUGAGAACAGUAAUGCACUGUUUAGUAGCAAUUCAUUAGCCAGGUCAUCUGAAGCUACUCCACUGAAGAGUGGUAAAAAUGGCAACUGCACUCCUUCAAGGGAGGGAACUCCAGCAUCUGGUUCUAAUUCGGUAAACGUGAAGAAAAUGCAGAGGAUGUUCAAGAAUGCUGCAGAGGAGAACAUACGGAGUAUUAGAGCUUAUGUUACCGAGUUAAAAGAAAGGGUGGCAAAGCUGCAAUAUCAAAAGCAACUUCUAGUUUGCCAGGUGUUGGAGCUAGAGUCAAAUGAGGCAGCAACUACUGAGACUGUAAAUACGGACCUCUCACCCAUGCCAUGGCACUUAGUUUUUGAGGAUCAAAGAAAACAAAUUAUUAUGCUGUGGCACUUGUGCCAUGUUUCGAUCAUACACCGUACACAAUUUUAUUUGCUAUUCAGAGGGGACCCUAGUGAUCAGAUAUAUCUGGAAGUUGAGCUUAAACGGUUGACAUGGUUGGAGCAGCAUUUGGCUGAACUUGGCAAUGCAAGCCCAGCACUGCUAGGUGAUGAACCUGCAAGCUCAGUGUCAUCAAGUAUCAAGGCUCUGAAACAAGAAAGAGAAUAUCUUGCUAAGAGGGUGAAUUCAAAGCUAACAGUAGAUGAAAGAGAAAUGCUAUAUGCAAAAUGGGAAAUCCCACCAGGAGGGAAACAAAGGAGGAUUCAACUGGUGAACAAAUUGUGGACAGACCCUCUUAACAUGCAGCACAUACAAGAGAGCGCAGAAAUCGUAGCAAAGCUUGUUGGCUUUUGUGAAUCCGGUGAACAUGUUAGCAAGGAGAUGUUUGAGCUAAACUUUGCAAACCCUUGUGAUAAAAAGACAUGGAUGGGUUGGAAUUUGAUAUCUAACCUUUUAAAUCUCAGAAAUGAAGAUGAGUAUGCAGAUGCUGACGGAGAUGCCUUCUUUGCUGUCCUUAUAUGGAGCCGUGAAGUCGAAAUUGGAAAGAAUUGUAAUGUUUGA